CUCGAGCGCGGGAUUUCAGUGUUUUUGCAGGCCGUAGCACUUUAUCUUCAAGGUGACAGCGAAAUACAGUGCACAGGAUGGAUGAAUUUGAGUUCAUCUUACCUGUAAACAAGGAGGAUCUAAGAAAAGCAAGUAAAGUGGGACAAUACGUCGUCAGUGAGAUUUUUCCUCCGCGUGAAAUUGAGGCCAAGGUCAAAGAAAUACACGGAAAAAAGCGAAACCUACGACCUGACAGCACAGUUGAAUGUUUUGAUGUUCUCUACAGUAUCACUGUGCAUUUUGCAUCCGUGCAAAAGAACACCAUACGGAACGCCUGGGAAAUCGCGCUGACAUGUGCCUCCAAGGUCGAGUCUGAGCUGACACUAAGGCUGACGAACUGCGACAACCCCUUGGAACCUGACUUGAAAAAGCACUUCCUGAACCUGCUUCAAAUGUGCUGCUAUUCUCUCUGCCAGCUAAUGGGCUGUAUUGAAGCACAAUGCAGGAAAGACAGCCAAGAAGUGGCAGUUCCUAAAGGGAGGGGGCGCAAGAAGGUUGCACCUAGCAAUGACAGCUUUGAGAACUGGUCAUCCGAGAAGCUGAAAUGUGUGCAGUGCUUACAGCAUCUUUGUGAGCUCCCCAUUUCUCGUCUCUGGGAAUCGCAAGUUGUUGAACAGGAGUUUGUUAAUCUAGUGACCAACUGCUGUUUUAAUCUGACUGAGGACCCGGAAAUCCUGAAAGCCACUGCAACAAAGGAUGCGAUCUUUGCUGUUCUGGGCGUCAAUAUAAAGAAAAACAGUUUCGGGAUCGCAUGCGUGGUGAGGAUGACUCAGCUAUUGCAACAUCAUGAGCACACAGCUGUACUCUUCGCUGACGCAGUCCAGAUUCUAUUUGAGAAGUUUGACUGCAGGUCCAUCGUUGGUGAUAUUGUCAGGGAGCUCUGCCAUGUCGACAGCCUUGAGUCGACAGCUGACUCAACUGACAUCCGCAAUACGUCUCUCUUCUUGGUCGAGCUGUCAAACCGUGUUCCUCAUCAUCUGCUUAACUACAUCAGCCUCUUGGUCGUCCUCCUAGAUAUCAAGUCUCAUACCAUGAGGAAUGGCGUCCUGACGGCAUUUGGCAGAAUUGUCCAGGUGGUGUUGAGCUCUGAUGAUAUGGAUCCUAAGCUUAAAGAAGUGCGAGACAGUCUCCUGUAUAGAUUAGAGAGUCAUAUUCUAGACGAACACGCAUUUGUAAGGAGCAAGGUUCUGCAGAUUUGGCAGCAGCUGUGCACCGAGCAGCUCAUUCCCCUCACCCACCAGCGUUCAUUACUCGAGCACGUCGUGGGCCGCCUUCUGGACAAGAGCAGUAUUGUUAGGAAAAACGCGCUUCUCUUUGUUGGAGCAUUCCUACAGAGUAAUCCCUUCUCAGCACAGUUGUCACUUGAAGAGCUGCAGAGGAACCUAGCCAAUGAACAAGAGAAAUUGAGAGACAUGAAACAAGAAUGCAGAGGAGACAUAGAUGUUGCUCCCAUUUCAUGUAAAUCUCUGUUGACUUGGGAAGCCAUGCUUCCUGCAGUAGAGGAAGCUUGCAAUCAGUAUGACGAAAAUGAUGAAGUAUUUAACGGUGACUAUACCAAAAGGACAGCAGCAGAGUUGUUGAGCUAUAUUCGUGACUUGCUUGACGACGGUUGUUACGCACUUGCAAUCACUGUCACGAAAUUUUUUAUGCAAACAUAUCCGGAGUCUGAUCUGUUUAUUGAGCCUGCUCCACAAACAGCAGUGUGCGAUACGUCAAAGCAUGGCGGGCAGGAAGACUCGUUCGACGAUUCUACAAGCAAAGAUCAAAGCAGGGACAUGGUGUCUCUGCUUGCAAAAAUUUAUCUUGGUGGGAUAACAACAAGUCCCACUUCUGGUGAUCAGAUGGACCGAUACAGUGUGGAAGGUGCCGGAUCAGAUGGAAUAGCGACGGAGCUCAGCAAGCAACAGAUCUUAGUACAGUAUUUAACGGACUGCGUUGCAUUUGCUGAGAAGAUCCAGGAUGCAAUCCCAGUGAUCUGCAAGUUCCUCAAGUCAUGCACAGCAUCAGAUGUGCACGAAGCAAUGAAGUUUUUCGUAGCUGCCCACCAGUUCGGGUUGAAACGUGCACUUGUGGGCGUCAGGCACAUGCUGCCUCUCAUCUGGUCUAAGGAAGCCACCUUGCGUGAUGCUGUUGUGGAUUCCUACCGUGCGGUUUAUCUCGCCCCUCAGGAUGGAUCAUCAAAGAAGACGUCUGUUGCCAUCGCCGACAGAUUAUCCAGUCUUAUAGUAAUGGCAACCUCGGAAGAGCUGCUCUCCAUUGAGAAACUUUUUGCAGAAUUUACAAAAUCUGGAGAUAUUUCGCAGAAAGUUAUCCAGGUACUGUGGGAUAGGUUUGCGACAAAAUCUUCUGAUUCUAACCCCGGACAAAGUCUUUCUGCAAUACGACUGCUCAGCAUGAUUGCUAGCCCGGAAAAUGGAGUAAUGAAAGCAAACUUGGACAAGCUGAUUUCAUGUGGACUGGAUGAAAGAGCAAAAUCAGACUUGGACUUUUGCAAGUACACAUGCUGCGCGUUAGAAAAACUUGGCUAUAUUGCAAAGUACGAUGGCAACAAAAUGCCCAACCGCUUGUCUGAGUCCCACGAGCUUUUUACUCGCCUGAAGGAGAUCCUGCUCGACACUUUCACGGACUUGGAAACAAACAAGUGGAUUCCUGCAAUGGAGAAAGUUUUCGAUGUCAUUUUCGCGUUGUCUGAAAGCCCUAGCCAGGUGGCCAAUGAUAUACUGCACGAACUGGCCGCACUAGAGUGCAGCAGCGGAAUCAGCCCUGCGUGUCAGUCAAGCGAACAAGGAAGUCAGGAGGGCAACGGUCAGGACGAUAAAAAAGGCUGCUCCGUUACUACUUUCUCUCGUCUGUUGGCAUGUGCCGGCUACGUAGCCUUGAGGCUGUUGGUUUAUUUAGAUGUAGACGUCUUCACUGAUAUGAAGCGGCGAAGGUUGGCCAAAGAAACACGACUCAGGGAACAGGAACUCGGAAAGAGUGCACGUCGAUCUUUUUCAGCCAUUGCUCACGGGACUCCUAAAAAAAAAGACGACGCCAACAAUAAUGACGGAGGGGAGGAAUUUGCCGGAAAUGCAGCAGAUGACGCUGAUGCUGAAUUCAUCAUUCAUCUUUUGGAUAAUGAAGUCCUCCAUGAGGACAAUGCACUCGGACAGCUCGGCAACAUUGCUGUGCUUGUGACAUCCAGUCCUUCAAAAUUCAAAGAUGUCCAGCUUCAGACGAACGCAUCCGUGGCUCUAGCGAGGCUAAUGCUUGUCAGCUCUGUCUUCUGUGAAAAGCACCUCGCGCUCUUUUUCACAAUACUGGAAAAGUCUCCUACAUCAUCAAUCCGAGCAAACCUCGUUGUUGCUGUUGGAGAUCUUGCACUUCGUUUUCCCAACCUGAUUGAGCCUUGGACAGGAAAUAUUUACUCACGGCUCGGAGACCCAUCCAUUGAGGUUCGCAAGAAUGUGCUCAGUGUUCUCAGCUUCCUCAUACUCAAUGACAUGAUCAAAGUGAAAGGACAGAUAAGUGACCUUGCUAUGUGUAUCACUGACAAGGACAGUGAUAUUGCGGGAAUCACAAAGGACUUCUUUACUGAGCUUGGAAAGAGGGGGAAUGCAAUAUAUAAUGUUCUCCCGGACAUUAUAAGUCGUCUAUCAGAUCCUGAGCAUGGUACAGAUGAAGAGAGUUUCCGAACAAUCCUGAGGUUUUUGUUUGCUAAUGUUGACAAAGAGAGACAACUUGAAAACUUUGUGGAGAAGCUCUGUCUUCGAUUCAGAACUUCACAAACGGAGAGGCAGUGGCGUGAUCUGUCGUUCUGCAUGAGUUUAAUACCAUUCUCCGAGAAAGGCCUACGGAAACUGCAGGAGAACCUCACAUGCUUUGGAGAUAAGCUGCACAUCGAUGAAGUCUACAAUGGAUUUAUGAUGAUGCUGUCAAAUGCGAAAAAGGCUGUCAACCUCAAGGCAGAGGUCAAGUCUCUAGUGGAUGAACUGGAAGACGUAAUUGAAGAAUUGCGGACUAAAGGUUGUACUGAGGAUGAUCUGGUAAAGCGUGCUCAAAAGAUAAUUGAGCAAAAUACCGAAGAAAAGCAGAACUCUUGUAAGACACCCAUGACAGGACGCAAGAGUCGAACAGCAGCGAAACUCAAAGAAGUGACAAGGAAAGGAAAAUCUGCAAGGAAAAAAAUUACGUUGGCAGAGCUGAACUGCAGCAGUGAAGAGCAUUCAGAGCCUGAAGAAACCCCACAACCCGCACAAGUAACAAUCCUGAGGAGAAGCAAGCGCCAUGUAGCACAGGCUGUUUUGGGGAGCAGUGAUGACAGUGAUAAAGAUGCUAAAGAGCCAUCCCCUGAAGGAAAAAAACUGAGGAGAAGACAAAGAUGAAACAUCUAUUUAUUGAUCACAAUGUGUAUAACAUGCCACAUCAAGCAAAUGCAUUCCCCCCAAACACUAGAAGUCACAGAUCACCAGGCUACACUACAUCAAGGAAUCCAAAUUUUAAUUCGACCAGACUAGAAGACGUACGGAGGAGACAUUCAUGCGGGGUAUCUGAAGUCCUUUCCGGCAAAAACUGCCUUACUGCCAAGCUCUUCCUCGAUGCGCAGGAGCUGGUUGUACUUGGACAAGCGCUCGGAUCGGCAUGGUGCUCCAGUCUUGAUUUGGCCAGUGCCAAGGCCUACAACUAUGUCUGCAAUGGUGCAAUCCUCAGUCUCUCCGCUGCGGUGGGAGACCAUCGUACCCCAGCCAUUCUUCUUUGCAAGCUGAUGACUGCACAAAGUGUAACAUUCAAGCAGCCUAUAAGGACUACAUACGAUUUUAUUGAACUUGAGUGUCAAACCAUGACUGGGCCAAUACGGUAAAAAAUCCCAGCCUAAGUGACAAUAAACUUGUUGUAUACAGA